AUGGCCAACAUGUGGCCGAAGGACGAUAUGGUAGUCGUCUCCGUCGAAGAAAUAGCAAACUAUCAUGCUAUGCCUGCGCCACCGCCUGCCUUUCUCCCCAACGGGCCUAUUGCUGCCAUUCUUCGGCAAUGGGAUCCCAAUGCCUUGCGCGCCUUUCUUGACUGUGAGACAUACUCGUCUUUCCACUUCGACGUCUGCGACACGAGCCACGACGGGAAGACCUGGCGCACACACUCCAUCUGGCGUCUUGAGCGCAACGUUCGUUUUGGAACGUCCGAUCAGAAUCAGGUCUGGCAUGUCGAUUGCCGAUAUGGGAUGCUUGACAGACGUCCUUGGAUACCGCUAGCGGCUGGCUCACUUGAGCUCGGUCGAGGUUCAACAACAGCAUGGGUUGAGCUGUUGGCACGUGGUUGGGUUAUGGAUCGCAUGCGCGAACGCAAUUGGCGGCGCCGCGACAAUCGCUUUUUCAGAUUUCUGUUGAAUGGCUUGGAGGUCAAUCCGACUUGGCUCUAUCAGAGUUCUUGA